UUUAUGUUUAAUGAAAUUCUAUUAGAAUUGCACAAUGAAUUCCGUGUUGAUUACUGGCGCAAACAGAGGGUUGGGACUUGGAAUGGUUAAAUUUCUACUAAAGAACAAUAAGGCUGAAAAUGUUUUCGCAACCUGUCGUAACACUUCUGAGGAACUUAAAGCAAUUUCCCAAGAACACAAGAAUCUGCACAUAUUAAAUCUGGAUGUAACCAAUACUUCCCAAUUUGAUGAUAUCGCUACACAAAUAGCAAAAGUCAUGAAAGGCCAAGGUCUCAACUUACUGAUCAAUAAUGCUGGUGUCACCACACGAUUCACUAAGCUCAAUUUGGUGAAAGCUGAGCAGCUGCUGGAAAAUCUAACAGUUAACACAGUGGCACCUAUAUUACUGACGAAGGCUCUCGUUCCAUUGUUGAAACAAGCAGCGGAAGCUAACAGCGGGAAGCCGAUGGGCGCCAAAAAGGCAGCUGUUAUAAAUAUGAGCUCCAUUCUUGGUUCCAUUGCACAAAACGACCAAGGUGGCUUUUAUCCGUACAGAUGCUCAAAGGCCGCAUUAAAUGCUGCAACGAAGUCAAUGAGCAUUGAUUUAAAAAAAGAUGAAAUUCUCGUUGCCUCCAUGCAUCCAGGAUGGGUAAAAACUGACAUGGGCGGCAAAAAUGCGCCGCUAGAUGUCGAUACCAGUGUUGGCGGCAUUUUCACAACCAUAGACAAACUUGGAGAAAAUGAUACAGGGAAAUUCUUACAAUAUGAUGGUUCGGAGUUGCCAUGGUAACAUUAACAUAUCGAUUUAAAUAAGUAAAUCAAUUAUAAAAACAAAAGAGAUUUUUAAUGUAAGCUUUGUUGAUACCUAUAUCUAACAAUUGUAAAAACGAGAACAAUAAAACAUUAAUAAGGCAAAUACAA